UUGAAUAUCGACUGAAGUAGUGUCGCAUGUCACAUGAUAUGAUAGAUUGAUAGAUUCCCUUGACGCGACCUGCUCUUUCUUGAUUGAAGGGCACUACCUAGGUAUACCGCUCCCACUCCCACACCCACACCAACACCCAUUUCUAUUCUACCUCUACCCCAAACCCUCCUUCUCCUCCCUCCCUUUCAAUCCAUAUUACUCUUAACUGUCCUUCUCUUCACUUCUCUCCCUUUCCGACUACGAACAUUUCAUCUGGAACCUACAGUACGAUAUCAUAAUGGAAAUAAUACAGUGACAAAUUACUUUUCAGUUUUAACGAGCAAAAUUCGAUCACUCGAUAAGCGUAAUUCUUUAUCUUAUCAGGAACUUUCGGUCGAGAACACGAAGUAUCAAACGCGAUCUGGACGCGCGAGGCUAUUCACUUAUCGCAACCAAGUCCUGAAUGUUCGCGUCCAAUUUAUCAUAAAAACUUCGACGAAUAUCUGGACUGCGCCAAACUUUCACCAUAGUUCACCAUGUCUAGAAUAAAGAUAUCGGAAUCCCCUGCCCCUCGUUUUGCCGACGAUUUGUACGAAGCAUCCCCCGGACCAAGUUAUCCACGAAGGACUUCCGAUAACAUGGCUUUAUCUCCUUCUCCAGCCGCUUCUAUUUCAUCCGAUAAAGAAAACCACUCUUCAAGAAAUGUAAUCGAUAAGGGAAAAGGUCGCGCCGUAAGUGUUUCCAUGGGUCCGCCAAGAGCACCAUCACCCAUCAGCAAGAGAAAGCGCACUGUGACCACCGGCGAGGGAGACCAUUCAAUGCAACGCAACCAAAGAAGGCGCACAAUUGAAGCGGUUGAAGAUAGCGACGAGGGGGAACAGGAGUAUGAUCCAGAUCAAAGUGUCGAAGAGAGAAGAAAGCUUCGGUCCGACUUGAGGGGUCUUUCAAGAACUCUGCAAGAUAACCGUGCCGAGUAUCUUAGUGCAGAAUCUACGGGCAUCAAGGAUACAUUGCUCAAAGCAAAUAAGCUAUCAGAGAAAGUCAAACAAACCUCGGAUGCAACAAUCGAUUCACGAUUGCUUGUUAGUACUGCAGAUCUAGCCAAGAAGAAGACGCUGCGAAUGACAUCUGGUGACACUGCGCGCGGAGUUGACGUGGAUGACUUUGUUUCUAAGAUCAAGUUAUACAUGGGAAGGGGCGAACGCUCGCAGGACCAUGCACCACGUAAUACUCAGCGGAGUCACCGGAAUGGUGUCAUCGAUGAAGAUGACAGCGACAACGACAACGAUGGAGAAAUGCUCAACUGGGAACAUCUCGGGCGUAAUGCUUGUUUACCGAACAAUGCUCGCCCAUCAGUGCCUGGUUUUCUUCUUGGCCCCCUGUCUUUACAAAAGCGCGCCCGCAGGGCUAUUGUUCGAAGAGCUCCGCUCAGACUAAACAAUCUCCACGAAAUACAACCCGAGGUUUUGAGAGCGGAUGAUAUAGAGAAAUCAGAGAAUGCAAAUCUGACUUACUUGUGCACAAAAAUUCAAGACAGAUUGAAGGAAGUUCAGGCCAAGGCCUUCGAUGCUGUGGAGCUGGAGACUACAGAAGACAUGUCUGAAGAAGAAGGUGUCGCACUGAGGGAAAAGUAUGGUAUAUCGGAGAAUUGCAGCAUUGCAUAUUUCAAAUUUGUCAUCAAUCCAUUUUCCUUCGGCCAAACGAUUGAGAACAUGUUUUAUGUGAGCUUCUUGGUUCGAGACGGUAAAGUAGAAGUUGAAAUAGACUCGGAUGGGCUCCCAUACAUAGGCGUCAGGGAUCCAAAAGAUAAUGGAAGUUCUUCCCAUACAGCAAGACAUCAAGCAGUCCUAUCCCUCGAUAUGCAAGAUUGGCAAGAAAUGAUCAACCUCUUUGAUAUCAAAGAACCCAUGAUCGAUCAUAGAGAAGAACAAGACAAUAGUAAUAUUGGCGUUAAGGGAUGGUAUGCUUAAAUCAUGGACUAAAGAAAUAAUACUUGGCGAGUCGAUUGGCGUUCGCUUUUUGGUGGGCGCAAUAUGGCGUGCUUACAUAGGUUUCAUGCUUGGCUUAUGGACGGAGUUAUUGGGAACAACGAAAAUGGGAUGGAUGGGAGCAUGGCUGGAUGAAUGGGUCCAACAUCAAGUGGCGUAAAGGCGUCUUCUUAUAUGUUGUAGCUUUAUACCUUUCAAUGACGUAGAGGAACUUGCUACCGUGUUGUAUAUAGUUGUGAGAAUUUAACAGGUUAUGUCGAAAUAACGAA